AUGCCGCUCCUUGAGAUCCUACAGCUUGAGGCUGAUUCACUUUUCCGUGAUGAUAGAUCAGUUUUAAAUUACAAUGAGAAGAUCCAGAAUCUGGUCCGAGCUUUUGAAGAGGUGAAUCCUCCUGUCAAUUUCGUUCUUGGAAGCCACCAUCAAGACAAAAACGCCAUUCAAAUCACGUUUGAACAUCGCGACGACUGGCAAUCUACCACUUCUCUUUUGAAAGCCAUUGAAGGUUUUUACGAUGCACCCCUCAAGACUUUUCGAGUCAAUCUUGAAAACUCGGUGUUCGGAGCAGAUGGAAUUGCUACGGCGAACGCAAUAGAGUUCGUCCUGUCUUAUUUUCCAACAUCCAGCAUCGAUCCAGACUUUCAAAAUAAGAUACAAAAGGACUUCGUAAGGUUUGAUGAGAUAUACAGCGCGGCUACGACGGGAGACCAAGGCUUGGUAUAUGGUUGGCUGGAAGAGGAACAGCCCCAUGAGGAUGUCGAUGGAGGAUGGGCAACCUGUUUUUUUGUCAUGAGAGGAUGGAAUAGCAUGGACAACUUUGAGGCCUCCACCAAUACUGAAGCCUACAAGGAGGCUAUACCUUUAUUAUUCGGAUGGAACGCUCCGUUCAAGAUGUGGCAUGUUGAGCGUCAAUCUUGA